UUUUCUUUUUCAUUAGUUGACAGCACAAAGAAAGAAGUCGGUCGGCCAUUUUAUUUGUGGCUCAAAGAAGCUGUACUUCUUCAUCCAUUAAAUUUUGUUUAGUUUUAUUACAAAGGUUUUUCUAAAUACCUAUUUUAACUUCGUACAAAUUUGUAUACGUACUUACAAUAAGUUUUAGGCAUAUGUAUUGAUUGCAUUCGUUAGAAAUGGACGAUCCGAAUCGGAUGAUGGCGCACAGCGGUGGAUUGAUGGGACCGCAGAGCUAUGGACUCCCUGGUGGUGAAGGCACCCCAGCCGCGGGUGAGGGCGAAGCCCGAAAGCAAGACAUAGGUGAAAUCUUACAGCAGAUCAUGAACAUCACGGACCAAAGCUUGGACGAAGCACAAGCUAGAAAGCAUACAUUGAACUGUCAUAGAAUGAAGCCUGCCCUAUUUUCUGUACUGUGUGAAAUCAAAGAGAAAACCGUUCUGUCUCUGCGCAACACUCAAGAGGAGGAGCCUCCAGAUCCUCAGUUGAUGCGUUUGGACAACAUGCUCAUUGCUGAGGGUGUUGCUGGCCCUGAGAAGGGUGGGGGCGCUGGGGCCGCUGCCUCUGCUUCGGCUGCUGCUGGAGAAUGGGGCACUGUGGCUCAAGCAGAUAACGCCAUCGAGCACUCGGACUACCGCGCGAAGCUCGCCCAGAUCCGGCAGAUCUACCAUCAGGAGCUGGACAAGUAUGAGAACGCGUGCAACGAGUUCACCACCCACGUCAUGAACCUGCUGAGGGAGCAGAGCCGCACCAGACCCAUCACGCCCAAGGAAAUUGAACGUAUGGUGCAAAUCAUACAUAAGAAGUUCAGCUCCAUUCAGAUGCAAUUGAAGCAGUCCACCUGUGAAGCCGUUAUGAUCCUACGGUCUCGUUUCCUGGACGCACGCCGUAAGCGGCGCAACUUCAGCAAGCAGGCGUCGGAGAUCCUGAACGAGUACUUCUACUCGCAUCUCUCCAACCCGUACCCGAGCGAGGAGGCCAAGGAGGAGCUGGCACGCAAGUGCGGCAUCACAGUCUCGCAGGUGUCUAAUUGGUUCGGCAACAAGCGUAUCCGCUACAAGAAAAACAUUGGCAAGGCGCAGGAGGAGGCCAACCUGUACGCCGCCAAGAAAGCAGCCGACCUGCCUUGGAUGGGCGCGUGCAGGCGCGAUGCUAGCUCCCCUCCCGCCAGAGCCACUCCACACCACACAGCGGGCGCGUCGCCGUACUCUAUGGGCGCGGCGUCGGGCACGGCCACGCCCAUGAUGUCGCCGGCGCCCACGCAGGACUCCAUGGGGUACUCGCUGCCGGCGCCCGGCUACGACCAGCCGCAGCCCAGCUACGACGGCUCCAUGGGCUACGACCACAUGCACCAGGACCUCUCGCCGUAGGCGCCGCGCACGCACACCCGGGACUCAGGUUACGGGCGUGACACUUGAUUGUGCAGCUUCCACUGAAUUGCCAUUUACAUUACUACAUAAAUACUAUAUAUAAGUAGCCGGUGUACGAACCGUUGUGCGCGCGGCCGGCCGUCUCUCGCGCCCGGUCGCACAUCUCAUAUUGCCUUAGGACAUAGGACAUUGUAUACUAUUACAUACACAUAUUUCUAGCAAUCGUAUUUUUGGAGGGACAUGUAAUUGAAAUGUAUUUAAUUUGUAUUAUUAUUCAACUAUACGACUGGUACCCAGUAUUUGUUUCAAAUUAUAUUAUUAUUUUUUAUAUAGGUGUAACGUUUUACGAAUGAAUUCUCGCGCGGCAACUAUUUAUGUACUGUAUACAAGUAUUAUUGUUUUUAAAUCGGUUUUACGUUUUGGACUGUUGUAUUAUUUUGUACGGAUUAUUUGGACAGUAUUAAUUAAUGUUAUGUAAAAGCACCACAUCGUUCGGCGGGAUCUCGUGUUUCUAAGCGUUCACUACUUAUUCGUCUUUACUACUACGGUGGAUAUAAAUAAAUAUACGAUAGUUGUAAGCUAACCUAGUGUAAUAUUAACUAUAAGUAUUCAGAUAUUUUGUGCUAAUUAGUGUCCUAUGCAGUGCGUCUUAAAUGGAGUGCCGCUAGCCGCGUAAUGGCGGUCUCUCCUAGUAUUAAAUAAAUCAAACUAUAUUAUGCUAGGUACAUUUUAAUGUAUUAUAGUUUAUUUAUUAUACAAUUAUCAACGACAAUCUCAAUUUGCAAUACUAUAUUAUAAUUUUAUUAGUAUGUUAAAGUAUACGUAAUUAUAUAUUCAAUUGGAUGUGUACAAUGAGAAUGGUGAUGAAAUAUGAGUACUUAUUCAAUAUGAAUUGAUUAUAUUUACAAAAUUUAUAUUGUAACAAUGAAAUCUUAUAUUAUUUACAACUAAGUUUACAAUUAUAUAUAUAUAUAGACGCAUGAAUAAUGAAAUCACUACUUGGAGAUACCGCAGUUGUGUGGCGCGCAGCUCUGCGCAGACAUGGUGACUUGCGUGCAAUUUUAAAACUUUAUUAGACAUGGUUGUGUUAGUUUCACGCGCAUGAAUUUUCGGCCCCCGGGGCACUACUUUAUCAGUGACCUCGACAUUUUUUAAAAUAAUUAUAUUCCUUUUACAAAUGUUCGGGAGUUGUGAAUAUCAGGACAGAAUAUUAUAUUUUCUCGGUGCUAUGUUGUUGAUGGCACAAAUAUUAUUUUUGCAUUAUAGGCGAUAAGUUGAAUGUUAAUCAGUUUACUAUGACGCCGAGUGUGUGCGCUGUUACGUAGGUGCCACAGACGGACUUGCAUUCAGUAUAACGUGUGAUUAGUUCCACUUAGUGAUAGUUUGGAUACGAUGAAAUUUUGCUAGUGUUAAGUUGAUGUGUUCUAAAACAAAAUAUCUGAAACAGUAUACGAGAAAAAAUAACGAGAAAUUUAAUUGAAUAUGUUAAAAAGAUGCUGUGCAACAUUGAAAUUGUAUCACGUCGCUGUCGAAAUAUUAAGCUUUUAACACAAUAAUUAUACAACACAGAAUAUUUAUAAUAAACUGAUUUUAAAUAAAUUUAAUAUAGAUUUAAAUUGGUAUGUGUCAGCGGCGUGAACACCAUGUAUACGACGACGAGUUCAAUGUUAUUGCGACCAUCGAGAUUGAAAUAAAUACAUUUUUGUGUAGUUAAAUAG